GACAGUCUGUAGUGUUUAUUUUUUUGUUUGAAAUCAAAACUAAAUAAAUGUCUGGCUCUUAUUUUAUGCUGCAAUUUCUCAAAAAGGCACGUCUUAAGAAACAAAGACAAUUGCUUAAUCAAGAUACGAAUUUCCAGGCUACUAACUUAAGUACGAUUAAUGUAUGUAAUAACAAGUGUAGAAUAUGCCUGAAAGAUGGUAACCAAUUGAUUUUUAAUCCAAAAAGCCCUUUCAAUAUCAAAGAAACUAUUCUUUCAUUUUGCGGCAUACACAUCAAUGAAAAUGAUGACUAUUCCAAAUGUUUAUGCACGGCGUGUUAUGCUUUUCUUGAGAAAGCAGUGGCAUUCCGAAAAUUAGCCCAGGAAACGCAGAAAGUGCUACGACAAACAUCUAGCCAGGAUUCAGCAGAAAAAUUAGACACAUUGCCUGGUGACGACGAUAGCGUUUGUAACACUGAUGAAGUAACACAGAAAUCAUAUUGCUGUAAGUUAUGCAAGCUGUACUUCAAAACAUUUGACGAAUUAAUAAAUCACAAGAAAUCAAAGUCUCACAAGAACAUUCGUAUCCAAUGCCCUAUGUGCCACAGAUUACUAACUGCUCAGCUAUAUCAGAAACAUUUGGCUCGACACAAGUCUGCAUCACAUCUAGUCUGUGACAUCUGUGGUAAGCUUUACCGCAAGGACAAUCUAGUGAGGCAUCUGCAGCUGCACAGCUAUGAUCUACCGUUCCAAUGCCAGAUAUGUCCUUACAGAGGCAGAUUUGUGGAAUCACUUAAAAUACACAUGAGAACACACUCUGGCCACAAACCAUUUUCUUGUGAUAAAUGUGAGUUACGUUUUCUCACCCGAAGUAAUUUGAAUAGACAUCUUCUGACUCACAAGAAGGAGAGACCAUUCAAAUGUGUUGAAUGCGGAAGAGGUUUUUACACAAAAAGAGAUAUGGAUGUACAUUUUAAAGCUGAUCAUGCUGGACUCAAGGAGUUUGGUUGUAGGAUGUGUGGCAAUAAGUAUGGCACUAGAAAAGCUUUAAUGAGGCAUGAAUUGCGAGUGCAUAAAAGAGAUAAAAUGGCAAAAGGUAGGAUGCCUUUGUACUUGCAAGCUGAGUAUCAGAAGCAAGAUGAGAUCACCUAAGCACCCUUAGCUUGUAAUCUCUGUUAGUUUAUUUACAUCAAUGAAAUAAGUAUCUCCUUGAAGCUAUGAUCUCAUAAAUAAAAUAAAACUAUGAGUACUUUGCAUAAAUAUUUAUUCCCAUAAUUAGAUAAAUAAGUGUUUAUAAAAUUAUUACUCUAUAAUGUAUUGAAAUAGGUAUAUAAUGUUAGCAUUUUUUUGUAUUUUGUUUUAAAAAUUGGACUUAUAUAUCUUUGAAUAAUAUUUUGAAUUUAGAAUGCUUAUAGAUCUUUGAAUAAUAUUUUUAUAUAUUGAAAAACUAUUUUAAGGUUUACAAAUUUUAUAAAGACCUCUUACACAUUUCUUUGUAAAUAAUAAUAAUCACACACAUUAAUGUAAAACUUUGGUAUAAUUUAUCUACUGAACAAUGGAAGAUUUGAUAGUAACUAUUCUGUAUAAAUAUCUAAAUAAAGGCCACUUUAUCACUUAUAGUUACGUUUAGCGGAUGGAUAUAAACAACAAUGGGGAAGGCUUUCAUGGUCUUAAUAUUACAAUACUAUGUUUCUUAUUUUACAAUUUAAAUAUUUAUUCUGAAAAACAUGUUAAAAUGUAUGACUGCAAAAAAGUUUAACACAAUAAGUAUGUAUGUAGAUUUUUAAAAUUGUAUUGAUGAAUGACUAGUAAUUUUAAUUUAUAAUGCUUAUUUCAUUUAUGAUGUUGGUGAUACAAAUGUAAUACUUAUUUAUUGACUAGUAUUCAAAUAUUAAAAUAGUUAACAGAUUAAAA